AUGGAUGGUUUUGUACCCUACCAUUCCCAGGCACAAAUAUUGGUUGAAUACAAGUUGAAGAUGGGCUUUGUUUUCAUGCUAAUGUGCCUCAUCGCUCCAGCGCAGCAAACACCGCUUCCCUACACCAGCAUUUUGAAUCUCUCGUUCAAAAAUAUAGAUUUUGCUAUGGACCUUUACCGCAAAAUAUCCACUUACCACGACGAGAACAUCAUUUUCUCCCCUCUGAGCAUUUCCACCAGUUUUGCCGCCCUUUCCAUGGCCUCUGAUGGUGUCACGUACAAGGAGAUACUGAAAGGACUCAACCUGGAGAAUUUGGAGCAAGCCGACCAGCCAGAUCUUAUUCCAAAGCUGUUCCAGAUGCUCCAUCGGAACAUCUCGCAGAAUGGAACGACUACACUGGACCAAGGGAUGUCCCUCUUUGUUCGCCAGCACUUUAGCAUAGAGAAGACAUUUGAGGAACAGAUGAAGUCCUAUUUUUAUGCAGACAUUAAGAGAGUAAACUUUGAAGACACAAAUGCAAGCAUCAGUCUCAUUAAUGAGUAUAUAAAAGACAAGACAAGGGGAAAAGUGGAAAAAAUGGUCUCCGGCCUUGACCCAAUGACCGAGCUCAUGAUGAUCAACACUUUUUAUUUCCAGGGUGGGUGGAAGAUGCCUUUCAACCCCAACUUCACAUAUAAUGCACCCUUCUACGUUGACAACUACAAUAUCCCACAAGUGCCAAUGAUGUUAAAAGAAGACAAGUUUGAAACAAUGGAAGACACUCGUCUUGGUGCCCGUGUGCUGAAACUGCCCUACCUGGAGGGUGUGUCCAUGCUCAUCCUGCUGCCAAACAAAGGAGUGGAUUACAAUACUAUCGAUGAUGAGAUCAAUGCAAAGAGGAUGCUUGGUUGGAUCAAAAAACUGCAGAAGGCUAAACUGGAGAUCAGCAUUCCCAAAUUCAAGAUGGAGGAGUCAUACUCUUUGCACAACAUUCUCCCAGAGUUGGGUUUCACCAGUCUCUUCAGUGGCUCUGCCAAUCUGACGAGGCUGAGCAAAGACAAAGGCCUUAAGGUUUCAGAGGUGCUACACAAAGCCGUCAUCGAUCUGGAUGAGGUGGGGACGACUGCAGCAGCUGCCACAACAAUUGGCAUUAUUCCCUAUUCCUUACCGCCGACCUUCAUUGUCAACCGCCCGUUUUUCUUCUUUAUAUACCAUGAAGAGACAAAAUCCCUGUUGUUUAUGGGCAGGGUGAUUGACCCCACCAAAAAGUAGCAGGUGUGACUCGCUGUGAUUUGUCUUUGGAAAUGUGUUGGGACUUGUUUA